GCCAUGAAAGUCGAAGACGAGGCCCUUGGCUGUGAAGAGAACACAGAGAGCGAACACUUUUCUGAGAAUAACUCGUUCACCAUGUGGCAGCAGAUGGCACACCCACACCGAGAGAAGUAUCAGUGCCGGUUCUGCCCCUUCUCCUGCUCCCGCACGUCGGGCAUCAAGAUUCACGAAAGGAAGCACACAGGCGAGAAGCCCUUCAGCUGCCACGUCUGCCACAGAGUGUUUGCUGUGAAAUGUAACCUGCAGGUUCACAUGAGAAUUCACACGGAGCCUGUUUCGAAAGCCACUGAAGUCGAAGAACAGGCACCUGGCUGUGAAGGCACCGAGGGGAAACGCUCUUCUGAGAACAUUUUGCUCACCGUGUGGCAGCAGAUGGCGCAACCACACCGAGAGAAGAAAUAUCAGUGCCGGUUCUGCCCUUUCUCCAGCUCUCGCUCGUCGAACCUCGGGCAGCACGAAAGGACGCACACAGGCGAAAAGCCCUUCAGCUGCGCCGUUUGCCACAAAAAGUUUACACAAAAGGCUCGCCUGCAGGCUCACGAGAAAAUUCACACGGGUGAAAAGCCAUUCAGGUGCCAGACUUGCGAAAAGGCGUUUUCGGACAAAUCUAACCUGCAAGUUCAUAACAGAAUUCACACAGGUGAAAGGCCGUUCAGGUGCCAGACUUGCCAGAAGGCAUUUGCAAAUAGCGGUAACUUGACGCAUCACAGAAGAGUCCACAUGGGUGACAAACCAUACAAAUGCGGAACAUGUGGAGCUCCGUUUAAGCAGUGGUUUCAGUUGAGGCGUCACGAGGAACUUCACGGUGUAGACCCAUCAUUUCAUUGCAAGCAGUGUGGAGAAAAUUUUCUGGAGAAAGUUAAUUUAAAUGCACAUGAGAAGGAGCAUCAUCCGUGAGGGACAUCCAUUAUAUAGUAAAGGGUGGUGUAGCUUGACAUAUUUGCACAAUGUCGUUUUACCCUUUUGUUCAAGACCACCUUGGGUAAACCUGAUAACUGAUUGCCCAUUAAUGAAUCAUGUAUGGUGUAAGAGUACCGGCUACCAUCUAUCACACUAGAGUCGGGGCAGCAAAAAGAACUAUCACUAACAAAGAAGCCCUUAGUGCUUAUCACAACGAGCAUAUACCAUAUUUUCCGGUCUAUGGGUCACACCUUUGCUUAAGUUGCGCCUUACUCUAAAGGGCUGUUUUCAUUGAAACAUUGCUAUUUUGGCUGCAAGACACACCUAUAUAUUUGUAUGAUGGGCACGGCAAAGAUUAAUUGAAAAGCCUGCAUAUGUGUACUGUAUUUACUUGCACAAUAAACACUUUUUUUUUUCCUGAAAAAUUGACACAUAUUUGGGGAGGGUUGUUCAUUACACGGGGUAAAAUUUUUUAAUUUACACAUUUCGUGCAAAUGUCAUAUUAGGUGCCAAUAUGACACGGCAAGGUACUGUGGCACAUGGAGGCGCACCCAUGGCU